AAAUAAAACGGAUAGUGUUCUCUCUCUUAUCCGGAAACUGUGAAGUGAAUAAAAUGGAGAACUUCUCUGUAACGUACCGCCAUUGUCACAGCUCCUUGUUUCUUCAUCAGUCACAGCGAAGAUAUCUUCUUAAUCAUUCUUCGGCUUGUUUUUCUCUGGACAUCAAACAUGCGUCGUUUGAAUCUAUACCAACCUCAGUAUCUCUGGAACCGUCGUCUUCAAGUUGGGAUUUUAAUCCGUUGAAGGAGCUAAAUGGAUGCAAAAAUCUUAUUUCUGUUAAAGCUACUCAUGCUCGGAUGAUGAAGUUAUUCGAUCGAUUCGAAUUGGAGUUCAUUGCUAAGUGCUUGAUCACUCGUUACCUUGAAUUCGAAGAAUUUGGAUAUGCCAGUACUGUGUUCUUCCUGGGAUUCCCAAGGAAUCAAGUUUCAUGGAGGGAUUUCUUGGAAAAGACUGAGAAUUUCGGAGUAGACAAGUAUAGGGUCUUGGGGGAAUUUGUUCAGCUACAGAACAAAGGAGUAAAUUUCGAUGAAGUAGUUCUCGCUAUGGUUUUGAGAAUUUGUGCUGUUCUAAUGUAUCGGUUAUUGGGUUUAACUAUCCAUGGUAAUUUGAUCAAGAGAGGGCUCGAUAAUUCAGACACACGAGUGGUUUCUGCGUUGAUGGGUUUCUAUGGAAGAUGUGUGAGUUUGGAUCUUGCUAACAAGAUAUUCGAUGAAAUGCCUAAAAGAGAUGAUCUUGCAUGGAACGAGAUCGUGAUGGUAAACUUGCGGAGUGGGAAUUGGGAAAAGGCUUUGAAACUGUUCAGAGAGAUGCAGUUUUCUGGUGCAAAAGCUUAUGAUAGUACAAUGGUUAAGCUUUUGCAAGUUUGUAGCAACAAGGAAGGUUUUGCAGAAGGGAGACAGAUUCAUGGGUAUGUUCUGAGACUGGGGUUUGAAUCAAAUGUGUCCAUGUGUAACUCCUUGAUUGUCAUGUACUCGAGGAAUGGCAAGCUUGAAUCAUCCAGGAAAGUUUUUAAUUUGAUGAAAGAUCGGAAUUUGUCUUCGUGGAACUCGAUUGUAUCGAGUUAUACGAAACUUGGUUAUGUAGAUGAUGCUAUGGGUCUCCUGGACGAGAUGGAGACAUGUGGUCUGAAACCAGAUAUAGUGACAUGGAACUCUCUUUUGUCAGGUUAUGCUUCUAAAGCCUUAUCCAGAGAUGCCAUUGCGGUAUUGAAGAGAAUACAAAUUGCUGGUCUGAAGCCAAACACGAGCUCAAUUAGUAGUCUUCUUCAAGCUGUUUAUGAACCAGGGCUUGUUAAACUUGGGAAAGCGAUUCACGGAUAUGUAAUAAGAAAUCAGCUUUGGUAUGAUGUUUAUGUAGAAACCACUUUGAUCGACAUGUAUAUUAAAACUGGCUACUUGCCUUACGCCCGGAUGGUUUUUGAUAUGAUGGAUGAGAAGAACAUUGUUGCUUGGAAUUCACUCAUCUCGGGACUUUCGUACACCGGUCUUCUAAAGGAGGCUGAAGCGUUAAUAAGUAGAAUGGAAAAGGAAGGGAUCAAACCUGAUGCUGUUACAUGGAACAGUCUGGUUUCUGGGUAUGCGACUUGGGGAAAAACUGAGAAAGCUUUCGCUGUGGUAGGGAAGAUGAAAAAGAACGGGGUGGAGCCUAAUGUGGUUUCAUGGACUGCCAUCUUGUCGGGGUGUUCCAAAAAUGGAAACUUUGGGAAUGGUCUCAAAGUUUUCAUGAAAAUGCAGGAAGAAGGUGUCUCUCCAAACUCAGCUACCAUAUCCAGCUUGCUUAGGAUAUUAGGUUGCUUGAGUCUAUUAUACAGUGGCAAAGAGGUUCACAGCUUCUGUUUGAAGAACAAUUUGAUCCGCGAUGCACAUGUUGCAACUGCACUAGUAGAUAUGUACGCAAAAUCAGGGGAUCUGCAAAGCGCGGCUGAGAUUUUCUGGGGCAUUAAGAACAAACCGCUAGCUUCUUGGAACUGUAUGAUCAUGGGUUAUGCCAUGUUUAGGCGAGGCGAAGAAGGGAUUGCGGUUUUCAGUGCGAUGCUUGAAGCGGGCAUUGAACCUGAUGUUAUAACGUUUACCUCUGUCUUGUCUGUUUGUAAGAACUCAGGUCUUGUCCGAGAAGGAUGGAAAUACUUUGAUCUUAUGAGGUCUCAUUAUGGUGUUAUCCCGACUAUCGAACACUGCUCUUGCAUGGUAGAAUUGCUCGGGAGAUCGGGUUAUCUUGAUGAAGCCUGGGACUUUAUCCGAACAAUGCCAUUAAAACCCGAUGCAACUAUUUGGGGUGCAUUUCUUUCAUCUUGUAAGAUCCAUAGAGACCUAGAACUCGCUGAAAUCGCUUGGAAGAGGCUUCAAGUACUAGAACCACACAAUUCAGCUAACUACAUGAUGAUGAUAAACUUGUACAGUAAUUUGAACAGAUGGGAAGAUGUUGAACACAUACGGAACUCAAUGAGCAAUAAUAGGGUGAGAGUCCAGGAUCUGUGGAGCUGGAUUCAGAUUGAUCAAACGGUUCACAUGUUCUAUGCAGAGGGAAAAGCACAUCCUGAUGAAGGAGAAAUUUACUUUGAGCUGUACAAAUUAGUCUCUGAGAUGAAGAAAUCAGGUUAUGUGCCAUACACAAGAUGUAUACACCAAAACGUAAGUGAAUCAGAGAAAGAGAAGCUGCUUAUGGGACAUACAGAGAAGUUAGCAAUGACUUAUGGCCUUAUCAAGAAGAAAGGCAUAGCUCCUAUAAGAGUGGUCAAAAACACAAAUCUAUGUUCCGAUUGCCACACUGUAGCCAAAUACAUAUCGGUUUUAAGAAACCGUGAAAUUGUUUUACAAGAGGGGGCAAGAGUUCAUCAUUUCAGAGACGGAAAAUGUUCCUGCAACGACUCUUGGUGAUAAUAUAGAUAGUCACUAGCU